AUGUCCAAGUCUUGCAAGGGCCUGGCGUACGAGCUCGUCAAGUGCGUCGCAGAAAGCCCGUGUGUGAAGGAGCAGGGUCGGCCGGUGCAGGAGUGCGCGGGAAAGCAGCCGCCUGAGAUUCCGUCCAAGUGUGUGGGGCUGAGGGAAACUUACGCAAAGUGCAAGAGAGGACAGGUGGACAUGCGAACACGGAUACGAGGCAACAAAGGAUAUUAA